AUGAGAAUUGUAUUACAGAAAGUUAGUCAAGCCUCUAUUUCAAUUGCGAAUGAGACAAUCGCCAAUAUCAAGCAUGGUUAUAUGCUUUUAGUCGGGCUUUCUAAAGGCGACACAGUCGAUGAAGUCGAGAAGAUGGCCAAGAAAGUAGCAUUACUGAGGGUUUUUGCAGACGAUACAGGUAAGAUGUGGAAAAAGAACAUCAAAGAGGUCGAUGGAGAGGUGCUAUCCGUUUCACAAUUUACUCUAAUGGCCAAAACUAAGAAAGGUUCCAAACCCGAUUUCCAUAUGGCCCUCGAGAGUUCAUUAGCGAAGGAUAUAUACGGUCAUUUCUUUUCCUGUUUGAAGGCAGAGGUCGGAGAAGACAAAGUCUUUGACGGUCAAUUUGGAGGUCUCAUGAGUUGUUCGUUAACCAAUGAAGGUCCUGUCACUAUCAUACUCGAUUCUGAAAACCCCACAUAA